AAUUGUCAUAUCAUGUCAAUAUAGUAUAUACUACGGAUUUGAUUUUUAAAGUCAAAUUCCAAUUUGUAAAGGUGACCGAUCAUUGAACUUUUGUGAAGUUGUUUUUUCAUCUACCGAUACCGCCACCGCGACCGGCUCCUAUAAAUCAGUCAUCAUUAAGCUCCAUAAUGGGGUUUAUAUAUGCAAUUUUGAAAAGAAGUUUAAAAUUUAUUAUAUAUUUAACACUAGUAUUAACUUUUAUAGUUUUAAUACCAAAUUUACCACCAUAUACUAAGUUUUCAAGCAUACCAUUAGCACCGGAACAGGAAAGAACUGGAGCAUUAGCAACAAAUGAUGCACUUAACAAUAUUCAAAAGUUGUAUGAAGGAAAGAUAUUGGGUCCAGAAGCAUUUCAAAUAUGGAAAAAUGAACUGUACACCUCUUUAGCAACAGGGGAAAUAGUAAAACUUUCACCAGGUGGCCAUGUAACAUUUGUUACCAAAAUUGGUAAACCUUGCACUGGCCUUAUACAAGAACAUAUUUGUGGAAGACCUCUAGGUUUUUAUAUUCAUGAAAAGAGUGGUACUUUGUAUGUAGCAGAUGCAUAUCAUGGUAUUUGGAAAGUGGAUCUUAAAACAGAUAGAAAACAGCAAUUGGUUUCACCAAAUGUGCCUAUAGAUGGUAGAAAGCCACAGUUGUUUAAUUCAAUAACUUUAGAUAAAAAUGGAGGUGUUUACUGGACUGAUUCCAGUAGUGAUUACAUGUUAAAAGAUGGAGUUUAUAUUGGUUUAUCAGACCCAUCUGGCAGGCUUUUCUAUUACAACCCAGCAACAAAAGAAAAUAAGGUUCUUCUUGAUAAUCUUUGGUUUCCAAAUGGUGUUGCCCUAUCUCCAGAUGAGAGCUUUGUUCUUGUUGUGGAAACACUAAAGCAAAGGUUACUUAAAUACUACAUAAGUGGACCAAAGAAAGGGAAGUCGGAAGUCUUUGUGGAUGGAUUGCCGGGUACUCCUGACAAUAUCCGUGCUCUACCAGAUAACUCUGGUAUACAGAUUGCUUUAUAUUCCGCUUCUGAUGAGAACAACCCAAUUAUAACAAGGAAUUUAGCUAGCUUACCGACAUUAAGGAAGCUCUUAGCACGUCUAUCUCGACUGAUAGAAAUACCAUUUGAGUACCUAAAUAGUCAAUUCCCUAAUCCAGUCUUUGAAGAAAUCGUAUACCAAAUUGGGCAUAUAGCAACCGCAACGCCAGUGGCCCCUGAUCUGACCGCCCUAUUGAUAUCCGAUUGGAAUGGAAAUAUUAUUGCCUCUUUCUACAACACCGAUAGCAAUGUGAAACAUAUAAGCGACGCUAUUGUUUUUAAUGACAAACUGAUGUUAGGAUCACCACAUAAACAAAACUUUGUCGCAGCUGUGCCGAUACCAGAAUUAUUAAAAAAGACAUAUUUUGCAAACGAAUUGAAAACAGAGGUACCCAAAGUUAAAGAUACACCUGUACAGAAGCCUACAGUACCUAAAGAAAUUCCAAAGCAUAGUACUACUACGACUACUACUCAAAAACCAACAACAGCUUCUACUAGUACUACCACUACCACAACCCCAAAACCACCAACAACUUCUACCACUACCACUACCCAAAAACCACCAACAACUUCCACCACCACCACAACCCAAAAACCACCAACAACUUCUACCACUACCACAACCCAAAAACCACCAACAACUUCUACCACUACCACAACCCAAAAACCACCCACAACUUCAACUACGGAAAAGCCAAUAACAACUACACAAAAACCUUCAACAAAACCAAUGCCACAACAAAAAGUUACCCCAACACAAAAAGAACCUGAAGUGAAACAAAAAAAGACUGAUAAUAUUGAGAAACCUAUGAAAUCAGAGACGCCACCGCAAAAACAACCAGAAAAUAAAGUAAAAGAGUCUCAACCAAACACAGCCAAGAAAGAGACUGGUAAAUCAAGUACAGAAAAACAAAAUUCUCCACCAGUUUCGAAACCAACAGAGUCUAAGGCUGAUAGUGGAAAAGUAAAUAAAAGUGAUAAUAAACCGAAAGCUGAAAAUACAAACAAAAAGCAGGACGAAAAUAUUCCAAAGAAAGAAAAACCUGUCCCAAGCACCAUACCUAUCGUAGAAGAAAUUGUUUCAGACACAGCAAAGCCAAAUAAAGAUAAAUUAAAGGUUAUCAAAAAAAGUGGACCAGAAGAAAUUCCAAACCCUCACAUAUAAAACUGGUUGUGAUACCCAGAAAAACUUUCUAAUUAAUUUUAAUUAAUCAUUCAUUAAUCUCAAGUAGACCCUGCCAUAAAUAGGUAGAGUCAUAAAUUUUUAAAUGACAUUUAUACAUUCCACUUCAUAAAUCGUAAUUUAUAUAUUUUGAUAACUUUUUAAAUUUGGUGUAAGAUGCUCUAGGAUAUAAGUAUUCACAAUUAUCUCAUUAAGAACAUUACAUAUUGAGUGCAAUAUAUUGUGAUGUUAUACAUUUGAAUAUUCAAAUACAUUACACUGGCAUGGUUGUAAUUUUUAUUGUAUAUUGGAGGAUUGGUAAUCGCUAUAAUUUUUUUAUUAUUUUUUUAUCUUCAUAGUGUCUUAAUUUCUAUUAAUGUUGUUGUCUAGUAUUGUUAGAGAUACAUUAUUUAUAUUGAUCAUAAAGA